AUGACAAGGAUCUUCAAGUUCGGAAGUAUGCAAUAUCAGUGGUUGGCAGAUUAUCUAAAAAAACCUGGAUAUGUUUUUCCAGCACUUCGGCGUUACCUUAUUCAGUUGUUAACAUAUCUUGCACAAAGCUGUGAACGACUUAUACUUCCAUAUAUUGCUCCAAUACACAAGGCGCUUUUGGCUAAACUAUGUGAAGGAACAGCAGGAGUGAAUGCAAACAAUGGUAUCAUCAGUGGUGUACUUGUAACUGUAGGAGAUCUUGCUAGAGGUGGUUUUUCUACGAGAGAAUAUAUCCCUGAACUUAUGCCAAGAAUUGUUGAAGCUUUAUUGGAUAGAGCUGUGGCUACUAAACAUGAGGUUGCUGUUGCAAUUCUUGGUCAGGUUGUACAGAGCACAGGCUUAAGAGCUGCAGUUGUAGCUGUUAAACGUGAGGAUGAUCGAAGGCUCUUUCACAAUGCUGCAAUGCGAAAACAAAGAAGAGAAGUUAGUGAUAGAUGGGUAAAUGGGGAUGGUAAUUCUGAAAAUGGGUCCCCUAGAUGUCUUUAUGGGUUCUCAUGGGUGGUGUUAGAUGUAAUUGUGAUGAUAUACUCUCUAGUUCGUAGGAUCAAGGUAAUUCAUAAUGUAGUGUACUUAUUCCAAAUCCCACAUUCUUUGGAUGGAGAAAAGGGUAAUUUUGUAUUUUACAACUAA